AUCGACUGCCAAGUGAAACGAAAAACGUUCAUAUGCGAUAUGUAAAAUUGCUAACCCUGCGCAGUUUUGAAACCUUUUCAAUGGCUCAUAGUACAUACGUUGUGGUGAUUCUAGAGAGUGCUGAGCGAACGUGAACUGUGUUUGUGACAAUCAGAGUUAAAAAUACAUUUUUCAUUAUUCGACUGAAAUAGAUCGCUCUUUCUACUGUGUUUUUGUGGCAUAGGGACUCGUUAAAUUCAAGGUCUACACCUUAUCUGAGCAGAUCACAGUUCACCAUGGUCGUCUCCACAACAGAGCCUCCACCUACUGAGUCAGCCACCGUUAAAGAAGGCCUUCGCGUCUUUAAACUGGUCAUGUAUAUUACGAUCUUCAUAGUCAGUGUCCUGCUGAAUAGUUUUAUGCUCUUAGCGCUGUGGAGGAAGUUUCGCCGUCACAGAAGGACUGCCAAAAGUUUUAUUAUUUUGAUGCAGAAUCUCGGCGUAUCUGGCCUCGUUCUGGUGGUAGCUUCGAUUCCAUUUGAUGCAGUGUCGCAAGACGCGGACAGCUGGCCCUUUGGAGCUGGGGGCUGCAAGAUUCUUUACCCGUUACAGACAGUUGCUUUACAGGCUAUGGUAUUCACGUACGUGGCUCUAGCUUAUCAUCGAUGGUAUGGUGUGACAAGAGACCUGUUUGGUCAAAUGAAGUUCAUCCUUGCACUUGUGCUUACAUUCGUCAUUUGGAUCUCCAGCAUUAUCAUUGUGGUCCCUUACGUCCUGAGCUUGGACUACAAUUACAUCAACAAAACAUGUGACGAGAUAUGGAGCACUGAUGGCAGCCGCCAGGGAUACACCAUCUCUCUGUUCCUCUUGGAUUAUGCCCUGCCACUUAUCGCCCUGUUGGUCAUGUACGUGAUGGUCUGGGGACGAAUGCAAAGUUACAGAGUCGUGGAUCCUGAACGCGCCGCCAGGCGAGAACGUCACUGCAGAAUCAUCCGCAUGAUGGUGGCCUACGUCCUCUCGUUCGCCGUCUUUUUACUCCCUCACCAGAUCAUGUGGCUGAUCUUAGAUUUCGCAAAUGGCGAAAAGAAACUUUACUUCCGAGACGUUUUGAACAUCGUGUACAUCUUCACGUAUGCAAUAACGAUCAUAAAUCCCAUCUUGUUCUUUAUCUACAACCCAGAAUUCAAGCGCCAUUUGUUGCACUACCUCAAAUGCCAGUGCUUCGUGAGAAGAGAGUUGUUCAGUAUGGAGAAUUUGUCCGAGUCGUUUUCGGAAGAGUUCGACCCAAAGAGCCGACGUCCGAAUGGGUACCGAACGUCCAUGCCGCCGAAGUACGAGAUGAAUGAAGUGCCCAAGGAGAACAACUAUGCAUCGACGCCAAGCAUGUUACACACGGAUGGGGUAACUUUACCUCGUUAUGAUUCUGGUCUUGGAUUGGUCGAAGCUGGGCUGUUUCCGUCGGCAGUGGAUCGACUACGUACCGCAGGGAAAUAUAAGGAAUCCACCCCGUCUACCUCCCCGCCGGGGUCAGAUGUGGUCAGUUACACGGAUAGGAAAGAUUCACUUGACCAAGGCAGUGAAAUGCUGUAAGUCGACAAAUGACCAUUUAUUUGUAAUUCUCCUUCCUGUCAACCAUACUAUUCGUAUAAUGUUAGUUCAGAGAAUUUAGUAUUGGAUCAACCAAUUAUCACCAAAUUUAUAUUUGUCUUUAUUCACAUCACUUAUCUGGUUGAUAUUGUAUUGAUAUUGUUAGGAGAAAUUCUGUCUUGGUCACUCAUGGGAGUUAAGGGGUUAAACAAAUAACUUGAACAUUG